CUGAAAGUUUGUCCCCACAAGACAAGUGGUGGGAUAUAACUAAGAAUAUCUACUUAAGUACCAUAGGACUUCUGAGAACAAUUCUGAGAAAUCAUCUCAGGACGGGACCCCCUAUGUCUCCAGGGUAACGGGACUCCAGCUCAGGCAUCCGGUGUGUUAACCUCCUGGUCUGGAUGCCAUUAAUUAGACGGCGGAGGAGGAAGCAGGAGGAUAAUUUGGACUGUUGCAAUUACGCACGGGGCAGAAAUAUUCUCAGCACAUAGACUUUUUUUUAUUUAAGGCAACCAGUUUUUCAAAAUCCAUGUCAAUUAUCCUAAGUAGGUCUGUUGGCCCUUAGUGGCUGCUGCUCCUUGCCAGUGCCGAUCUAUAAACCAAACACUGCUGCUGUUGAGCGCAGGGACAGCGACGUCACGCGGUUUGGAGAGCGCGUCAGUGCGCCCUCACCGGCUCAUAAAGGCUGUGGCAUGUUUACCCAGCGGAGAGUUUGAGAGCCGAUUUGCAGAGCGCAUGUGGACUGUCACCCUUGUCCGGGGACCGAGCAAGACAAUGAAGAGGAGCAACAGAGCGGGUCUCCAUUUCUUUUCUCUAAUUUAAUAAGAUGAGAGCUUUCGUGUUAAAGCUGAUGACCUCAGGAGGAUUUUUGAAGGGAACAUUAAGAGUUUACACAGCAGAAAUGUCCACAACUGCAAGUCCAACCAUUCCUUCUUCACAGCUGACAUCGGAUCAACUCACAGUGGUCGCUGCAGCUUUUUCUUCUCUGGUGUUCUUUGUGGUUAUUGUGGUGCUGCUGUCCAUUAUUUACCGCAAGGAUCCUCAGUGCUGCAGACUCCGCUCCUAUCAGGGGCCACAUGCAGAUAUGGACGCUCCUCCUCAGUACUACAGCAGCAGACAGACGCUGGUGGGAUCUCCUUGUCUAGAACAGACUCAGAUCAUGGAUGGUAGCAACACUCAGACAGGUCAGCUGUUCUACGUCGGCCUGCCUUCCAGCUACAGCCUGCCCACUCUGGAUGCCCCCCUGCCGAGGCUCCCCUCCUACGAGAGCGUCCGAAAGAAGGACCGCCAGAGGCAGAUCCACAUGAUGAUCGCAGACCGCUUUGGCCUCAAUGGACCCAUUGUGACUGAGCCACCUCCAACAUAUGAAGAGAGUAUCCGCCAGUCUAUGGAGCUGCCGUACAACAUCCUCCCGUCUAGUUUGGACAUUUCUUCUCCUCAGAGUAUCUACACCAACACAGGGACAGACAUCCAAACUGACAUACCUCAUCCAAUCAACUCCGAUACAAACAGCAGCGUUCUACCUGUGUGAUCGAGUUCUCAAACCAUCUGGUGAAUGUGAUAAACUGUGAAAGCAUUUGAUAGCUUUUAUACAGCUGAAGUUACCAAAAGAAUACAAGGGUUGAAGAUUGAUUCUGUUGGUAUCCUUCAUCGCAUUUCUGUACAAGCUGAUUCAGAUACCUCAAGACUGACUUUAUGUUGAGAGACAUUUCAUGUUGAUCAAGCGCUGAGCAACCAAAGAGGAACUGCACACCCUGCAGGACUGGACGCAUUUUGUGGACACACUUGAAUGUUAAAGAACACUUUGUGCUCUCUGUGUGGAGAAACUAUGCUGAUGUUUUUCAAAAUUUCAAAAGAGAAACAGUGGAUAUUCAUUAACUAAGGUGGCUGGUACAUCUUGAAGAGGACAGGAAAGAAAAGGCUGCAAGAAAAUUGUGGAUUACAGGACUAAAACAUACCAAAAAGGGAACCACUAUUUACUUUAUUGAUUAAAGUGAUGUGGAUCAUACUGUGUUCAUUCAGCUUUGCUGUUUGCUCUCCUCUUUUAUUUGGAGCCAGAAGCCUCAUUGUCUGGUUUGCAAGGUUAUCAGAGACUCUGUUUUAUUAGGAUUUGCUGUAAAGCAUGUUUCUAUCCAGCUGUGCCAUAUAGCUGCAGCAUGUGGUUCAGCCUGUAAGAGGAGGAAAUAAAAAGGCGCCAAUGAGAGUGCCUUUCAUGAAGUUAUAAUAUGACAUUCAUCACAACUUAUUUAAAGGUUUCAACAAAAGGUUUUUUUAUGUUAAGGCAGACAGGCCUCAGAUUUCUCACUUUUUAAAAAAAAACAUUUAAACAUUUUUGGUAUUGAGUCUGUUUUACUCAUGACAGAAAAUGUAUUUCUCUGUCUUGUACUCCAAAAGAUUGCAAGGCUUCAAGAAGCAGAGUGAAUGUGGAAUGAAAACAAUGGAGUAAGACCAAGUUCCUUGUCAAGACCUGUUUUGCUUUACAAAACAUUCUGCGACCUGCCAUGUACAUAUGCAAAAUGUCUUCCCCGUGCAUUGUCCUGUACUGUAUUUAUUUAAGAAAAAUGAAUGACUCCUCAUUAUUUCUCUCAAAUGUAAUAAAUACUUUUAUUGUUUU